AUGGCUGUCUUCAACACCCGCCUCGCCGCAUUGCUUAUCUCCCUCUCCGUCGUCCUCUCCGCUGCCUCCGCCACUGCCGAUCCCCCAUCCCCUCCGACCUUAGAUGAAGUAUCCUCCUACCUUUCGGGAUUGAAGGAACAUUUUAGAUUCCUGCAGGAAAGCAGCCUUGCCCCGCCGCCGGAAGAGCAUGCGGCCAAGGACAUGACCCACUAUCUUACUGAGCAUAUGAGCGCCGCCGUCAAAAUGGUGGAGGAUUUCUCGUCCACCACGCUGGGAAAGCGGUUGAAUGAUUCCUCGACCGACGAAUACACGAAGAAGACCCUUCUUGCGUGCGAGGAGAUGUACAAGAACGCCGUGCAGGCAAUGAAUAAUGGGAUGAAUAGCGUCUCAACCGGAGACUUCGUUCAGGCGAGGGCGGAGACACACACGUUUAUUAAUAACAUCAACGCCUGUGACGACAGCUCCAUGGAGUUCCAGACCUUCGCAGAGUGGGCAAGGGAAGUCGGCGGUGACUGUCUUGCUAAGAUUGUCGAACACAUUGACCCUGAGGAAUAA